AUGAUUGUUGCAACACAAAUGUUUAGUACAAUGACAGAAUUGGAAACAUUAAUUAAAGAACGUGCCUUAUUUGUACAUGAACACAGCAGUGGCUACUAUCGAACAUCAACAUUCUUCUUAACUAAAGUCUUAUGGGAUAUAUUACUAGUGAGAAGUUUGGUCUCAAUUAUAUUUUCAAUGAUUGUUUACUUUAUGACGGGUUUAGACCGAAAUGUUAAUAAAUUCUUUAUUUUUCUUCUUACAGUUUUUUUCUCAAGUCUUUUUGGAUCAACAGUAUGUCUUUUUGUAGCUGCUACAGCAAGUCAUUAUGGUGUUGCCUUGAUUCUUGUUAUACUUAUCUAUUUGGUAAUGAUGGUCUUUAGCGGGUUUAUAAUUGCAUUGAAAAGUAUGUUCGAUUGGUUGUCAUGGAUUCAUUGGCUCAGUGCUUUUCGAUAUGCAUCCAAUAUGCUAGCAAUGAGUGAAUUUCGAAAUCUUACAUUUUGUUUGGCCAAUGAUACACAUAUUUGUCCAUUGACAGGAUUAGAAGUUUUGCAUGAAAAAGAUAUGAAUUUUACGACCAAAUGGGAUUUAUGGAAAAACUAUGUGGUUUUGUUAAUUAUGACUGUUGUAUUUCUGAUUUUAACUCAUGCUCAACUUCUAAGAAUUAAAAAGACCAAUUAA